GCAUGAAGAUUCUUGCAGCUUGGCUACCAGCACAGCAGCGCCAAGAAAUCACGACUAGCCCCAUGCUUUACGCAUUCUGUGGGAAUAUAGGACAACACGCCGAAGGCACGGUCGUAUGUUCCGAAAGAUUCGCCUUCUCCGAUGUUAGUGUGAAGAAUCAGGCUUAUGGAGGAGCACAUUGCCUACACGUGGGAUCUCUCAACCAGACAACCUGAGCCCGUGCUCCAUACAUGCGAGACAUGCUAGCAUACCAGGAUUAGCUGGCCCUGCGAACCAAAUCUAUUACGAGGAGCGCCAAGAUGUUCUAGCGACGGGGGCAUGGGCCAGUAGCUUCGGUCUGCUGCCCCGGGAUGCCCACGCCUGAAGCAUGAUCACUCUUGUCGCUCUUGGCUCCGCGCAUUCGUGCCGGUGGCCACCUCUCAUAUAACUGACCAGCAGCCGCCGCACUGAUCUACUCUGUUCUUCACGACCAGUUCACUUGUCAACCCGGAACUGCAGAUCACAGGAUAUUUGGUCGUCAAGAUGGUGUUGCACGAGUACACCUACAUCUUUGCCAUUGGCACGUUCUUUGCGUUGCUUGAGGCAUACAACAAUGGUGCCAACGAUGUCGCCAACGCCUGGGCUACGAGUGUCUCGUCCCGCUCCGUCACAUACCAGCAGGCCAUGAUUCUGUGUCUGAUAUUCGAAAUGACCGGUGCCUUAGCUGUCGGUGCCCGAACUGCUUCCACGAUCAAGAACGGUAUCAUUCCCAUCGAGGCUUUCCAAGGAAAUGCUGGAGUGCAAUUGCUUGCAUUUGCUUGUGCGGCCGCUGGUGCUGCUACAUGGGUUAUGUGGUGUACCCGACACUCGGCUCACGUUUCUUCCACUUACUCGCUCGUGUCUUCGAUCGCUGGUGUUGGUGUCGCAGCUGUCGGAGCCAGCGAUGUUCAGUGGGGAUGGAGCGGUGGCUCUGGACUGGGCGCCAUUUUCGCUGGUCUGGUCAUGGCACCAGUCGCCUCUGGAAUCUUUGGCGCUAUCAUUUUCAGCUUGAUCAAGUACCUGGUGCACGUGCGCACGAACCCAGUUCCAUGGGCUGUCUGGUCCUCGCCGUUCUUCUUCUUGAUCGCAGGUACCGUUUGCACGCUCUCUAUCGUCUACAAGGGAUCUCCUCGUCUUGGUCUUACAGACAAGCCUGCCUACUGGAUUGCCGGUGUCACUCUCGGUGCUGGUUUCGCUCUGUGCCUCCUCUCCGCUCUGUUUUUCGUACCAUACACCCACUGCAAGGUCGUGAAGAAGGACUACACUCUCCGCCUCAUCGACAUCUUCAAGGGACCAGCUCUCUUCUGGCGUGAGGCUCCUCCCGAUGCAGUAGAGGCCAAGGUGCCAAACUACGCGGUCCUCCAACACGAUGGCGAGGUUGCCCCACCAAGUCAGCAAAAGAAGAGCGAGAGCGACAACGAAGACAACUUCACUGCCGAGACAUUGGUUGAGAAGAACGGUGUCACCACCAGCGGAGCGUCUACCGAUAGCAUCGAGCCUCACCAACGACAAGCCGCCGCGAAGGGUGUUGCUCUUGAGGCUUUGGAGCCAACACCUCAGCAAGCACAGGAAAUCUACAAGCAGCAACUCAUCGAAGCACGAAGGAAGCACCACGCCACUCUCCGAACGAAGAAGGGACCUCUGGGCUGGGCAAUGCGCCGCCUCCACAACAACCCCCCCGGCGCCGGCUCCAUCUACGAACUCCACAACAUGAAAGCCCUCGCCAACCGCCUCCCCGCCAUGGUCGUCGUCGCCUUCACCUACGGUCUCUACUACGACAUCCACGCCGCCCAACUCGGAAUCCUCGGAACCCCCGAAGGAAAACGCAUGGACCGCGUCUACAACCACGCCCCCAAAUACACCAACGAAGUCGAAUACCUCUACUCGUUCGUCCAAAUUAUUACAGCUUGCACUGCAUCUUUUGCGCACGGAGCGAAUGAUGUGGGAAACGCUGUCGGUGUCUGGGCCGCUAUGUACUCCGCCUGGAAUACUGGUGAGACGGUCGGCGCGAAGGCUGAUGUGCCAUUGUGGCAAAUCGCUGUGAUUGCUUUGACGAUUUGUAUUGGUUUCAUUACCUACGGUUACAAUAUUAUGCGUGUGAUGGGUAACAAGAUCACCUACCACUCCCCCUCCCGAGGCUCAUCCAUGGAAAUGGGCGCAGCAAUCACCAUUCUCAUUUUCUCGCAAUACAAACUCCCCGUUUCGACAUCGAUGUGCAUCACAGGUGCUACUGUUGGUGUCGGGUUGUGUAAUGGAACUUUCAAGGCUGUGAAUUGGCAGCGUGUGGGACUUUUGUUCUUUUCUUGGGUUAUGACUAUUCCGAUUGCUGGUCUGAUCGGUGGUCUCACUAUGGGAAUUCUGCUGAAUACUCCGGGAUACAACAAGGUCAACUGAAGGGCUUGAUUGAAGCCUUGUGAUGAAAGAGUGAUAGAAUAGAUUGUACACCAGUCAGCGCAGUUUCAUGUAUGAACAAAAGUUCUCCUCAAAAGGCAC